AUGUCAGACGCUAAUCAUACGGUCUCGGACCAGAUGAACAUCGAGACUGAUAUUAUUACUUUAACCAGAUUUAUUCUUCAAGAACAGCAGAAAUUGGCCCCUCAGGCUACCGGAGAACUUUCUCUUUUACUUAAUUCUUUGCAAUUUGCGUUCAAAUUCAUUGCUCACAACAUCAGAAGAGCUGAAUUGGUCAAUUUGAUUGGUGUCAGCGGAACCGCCAACUCCACCGGUGAUGUGCAGAAGAAAUUAGACGUCAUUGGUGAUGAAAUUUUCAUUAAUGCCAUGAAAUCCUCAAAUAAUGUCAAGGUGUUGGUUUCUGAAGAACAAGAAGAUUUAAUUGUCUUUGAAGGUGGUGGCAGAUAUGCUGUUUGCACGGAUCCAAUCGAUGGUUCUUCCAAUAUCGAUGCGGGUGUCUCUGUGGGUACCAUUUUCGGAAUCUACCGUUUGAAAGACGACUCCAAGGGGUCCAUAAAAGAUGUUUUGAGAAAGGGAACUGAAAUGGUCUGUGCUGGUUAUACUAUGUACGGUGCAUCUGCUCACUUGAUGUUGACUACUGGUCAAGGUGUCAAUGGUUUCACUUUAGAUACCCAGUUGGGAGAAUUCAUCUUGACCUCGCCAAACUUGAGAAUUCCUAAGAAAAGAGCUAUUUAUUCCGUUAAUGAAGGUAACUCUUACUACUGGCCGCAAUACGUCAAGGACUACAUUAGCGACUUGAAGGAACCUCAAGAGGAAUUAAAGGGGAAGCCAUACUCUGCCAGAUACAUUGGGUCUAUGGUUGCCGAUAUCCACAGAACUUUACUUUACGGUGGUAUCUUCUCCUACCCAGCAGACACCAAGCUGAAAAACGGUAAGUUAAGAAUUUUAUAUGAAUGUUUCCCUAUGGCCAUGCUUAUGGAACAAGCCGGAGGAAAGGCAGUCAAUGAUUCCGGAGAAAGAAUCUUAGACAUCUUGCCAAAGGGUAUUCACGACAAGAGUGGUAUUUGGUUGGGAUCAGAAGGAGAAAUCGACAAGUUUAUUUCCUACAUCAAGAAGUAA